UGUCUCUGCCUCUGCUGCAGGGACAGAAGCUGCACACGCCGCUGUGAUUUACCUUCACGUCAGACACAGAACGGAGCAAGUUAACGCAUCAACACGCAACUUUUGGAUGGGAACUAUGAAGAACGCACAGUUUUGAUUUUGUAUUUUUUUUUUCUUUAAGUGACAGCUGACACGGGGGAGAUGGACAACAAAGCCAUGUAUCUGAGCACAAAUGAGGAGAGAGAAACACCCUCCCUGUAUGAGGAAUCUUAUGAUGGACGCAACUUGUUGAAACUCAACCUGUGUGAUGAAGCGUCUGGAAUGCGUCGGAGGAGGCAGGAUCUUUGCUGCAGUCACCUGAACUCCCUCUCAGCCAUCAAGUAUGCCAUUGUUUCCCUCUACGUCCUGGUUCUUCUCACCAUCUUCGGACUGUGCCUGGCAGUCUCUCGUUCCCAGGUGUCCUCGCACCGGCAGGAGGUGAUGAGGGAGAACAUGACCCGCGUGUCGGAACGCUCUCCACAGCUCCAUCAGACCUUUGGCGAGGUGUCCACUCAGGCCGACCUCGUGAAGGACAUCUGGAAACUGGAGAACCUCUUCCAGAACCACAGUGACUGGUUGCAAAGGCUGGAGAUCCUUAUCAAGGGCCUGGAGUUGGAUCUGCGGAGUAUCCAGGCGCACUCCCUUCAGUCCGAAGGCUACCUGGUGCAGCUGGACGACAGGUUGUCCUCGCUCAGCAGCUCUGCCGGCAGGAACCUGACAAGCUUGACUUCAGAGAUGUCCCGAACCACCAGACAGCUCAGCGAUCACAACACCCUGCUCAGAGAAGCGUCAGGGCAUUUAAAUGGGCUGAGAGAGAAAUUAGAUGAGGUCAACUGGACGGUGGGAGCCGUCAAUCACACCUUCAGCAACGACAUCAGUAUUCAUCACUUUAAGAUUCAAGACUUGCAGAUCCAGAUCAGCAACAUAACGGAGGACACCAGCACUUUAUGGGUGACACAUGUCCACACGGAGGCCCAGCUGAGGAAUGAGAUGGAGAUCCUGAACACAAUCACAGAGGACCUUCGUCUCAAAGACUGGGAGCACUCCAUGGCCUUAAAGAACCUCACAAUUUUAGAAGGACCUCCUGGACAAAAGGGGGAGAAAGGUGACACUGGACAACUGGGGCUCCCUGGGGCCCCGGGGUUGACCGGCUUGAGAGGACUCCCAGGAGAAAAGGGAAUGCAAGGCCCUCAGGGGAUAAAAGGAUCUGAGGGGCUGGAGGGCAUGCAGGGGGAGAAAGGAGACCCUGGACCCGUCGGGCCUAAAGGUAACAGAGGAGACAGAGGCUUCAAGGGAGAGAAAGGGGACAGAGGGGAGCGAGGAGACCGAGCAGUCGAGGAGACUCUUGUGCGGUUGGUGAACGGGUCGGGUCCUCACGAAGGCCGCGUGGAGGUUUUUCACGAACGCCGUUGGGGGACCGUGUGUGACGACGUGUGGGACAAAAACGACGCAGACGUGGUCUGCAGGAUGCUGGGAUACCGGGAAUCAGCCAUGUUUCACAAAACUGGACGCUUCGGACAAGGUACUGGUCUUAUCUGGAUGGACGACCUUGCUUGCACGGGGAAAGAAGACAACAUUGACAAGUGCAAGUUUUCUGGUUGGGGAAAAACCAACUGUGGCCACGUUGAGGACGCCGGCGUGACUUGCGUCAUCUAAUUCUCCGGGACGCCAGCUCUACUGAAGCUGCUGAGCUAAAACAGGCCUUAAACUUCUGUGAGAUGCUAAACGCUCUGCCAUUUAUACCAGGAGUGUCUUAAUAGCAGUAUGUUGCUCAUGUACCAGCAAAAAGUGCCACUUUAUCUAACAAACCCUUGUGUAGCACAUGGACAUCAUCUGCAGCUUUUUAUGAAGUUCCUGACUUGAUGAGUGACUGUUUCAGCCACACGGCGGAAUCACUGUUAUCUCUUCAUCACCUGCACAGUACGCGCUGGGAUUAAGCUCAUUUGUGUCCAACAGAGAACCAGUGUUUAGAGAAAAGGGCUGAAGACACCGUCAGCGGCUGAUCUCAGAGCAGGCUUGCUGUUUUGAUGUCUGAUGUUGGGGAAGAUCCAACAUCACCAUCAUUUCCACUCACUGAGAGGCUGAAACAGCAACUGAAGGAACUGAGAAGACUGUGCCACUGAUGAAGGGUUUCUCUCUCUUUUUUUUCUUUACUGGCAGCUGUUCUUCACAGUAUUAUGUAGGAAUGCCUUUGCUAAGCACAUCACAGCGUUGCCUUGUUUCUUGUAAUCCAGCGUUGCCUAGAGGGUAAUUUAGUUGGUGAUUUGCAGGUCAAAAAAAUGCCACAAAGCCAAUUUUCUCACUAACAAGUUCUGAAAAGUUUCAUUGUUUUCUCAACAAAACUCAUUUUAUCUUUAAGAGCUAGAAAACACAUGUAGUAAAACUGCAAAGCUGAAUUUUAAAUGUUUUACAUCAAGUAUUAUUUCUACUUUUCUUCCUUACCUUAUUAGCUCAUGUCUCUCCUUUAUUGCUAAGAGGCCAAAAGACAAUAACAAAGGUGCUUCUCAUUUGGACUCAAAGAGCGUGGUGUUUCAAAACUGACCGUCACACUGAUGUAAGAGCGAUGGAGAAGAGAUUAUCCAUCACACAAUCUUUUAUUAACCCCGUCAAUGUGAUCAGCUGAGUGAAACACAUUUUGCUUAAACAGCAUCUCCUUUCUUUUAUUCUGCUUUUAUUGUAAUCAUCUCAAACCAUUUGAAGCUCCACAGAUUUUUACUGCGUUGCAAGUAUUGAAAGUCUUUCCCUGGGUUUUAACCAAAAUCUGUUCAUUGGAAUGACACGUUUGAUUGUUUUCAUGAAAAUAAGGAGCCUAUCGUUUAACCUGUAAACCAAUACAACAGAGAGCAGUGUGUAACAAAUACUGCCAUCUAGCAGUCGAGUAGGAUCAGCUGCCCACCCCGUCAUCUGCCAUCAUAUCCAAUCUAAGCAGAAAGCUUACGUAACCAGUUAAAAAUAAAACUAGAAACUUUCACGUCGAGCCAAAGAUCUUUGUUUUUCACCACGGACGGUCAAAAAGGAACGACCAAACAGAUGUUUCCUUUCUUUGCUUGUCACAAAAUGGCUUUGCCUCUUUUAGUUUACGCGUCCUUCACAAGUUACCCGUUCCAAUCGCAGUUUUUCAAUAGUAACUACGUCAAAUUUGGUCUCGUAUAAAUAGGUAGUUCUUCCUCGACAUUUACACUGCUCGAAUAUUACAUUUCUGCCGGAAAGCAUCUUAAAACUUCAGUCGUUUUUCAAAAUUGUAACCCGCAGUUAUAACUUUCACCCCUGCCGCUAUCGCUGCUCUUUGAAGUGAAAUGCAUUCUGGGAUGCUUUGCUGCCUCAAGAUGGACCCUAUUAAGAAGAGCAAAGCAAUAACAUUGAAUUGGAAUAAUACUUUUACUGUGACUGAUAUGUUUCACAAAAACACGAGUAUAGACGAACAUGCAUGUUGAGAAACACUCAUCAGAUUCCACCGCUUCGUUCUCCAGCGACUCUUUGAACCGCACUCUCCCCCCACGUGCUUUUUAUAAUGCUAAAAUGCUCGAUUUAAAAAGGACCUGCGGCGCAAAUAAAGGAAAUAUUGGCUCUUUCUUACAGUAGUUUUUCUUUUUCUCGGACAUCGUUGUUUUUGUUACACACUGCAACUUUUAAACGUUAACAGUCACUCCACUUGACAGAUGGAGUGAUUAUGAAGAAGAACAGACGAGUAUAAACAGAUGGAGGUAUGGAUACACGUCCCCUGUGAUUUAUAACUGUCAAACUGGUGAACGUUGGCUGGUUUCAUAUUAACACACACACACACACACACACACACACACACACACACACACACGGAGCUUCGCUCAGUGGGGUUUCAUUUAUUGUGGCUCUCAAAUCCAGAAAGGCUGGGGGGGCUCGUCAGGGGUCGUCCUCUUCUCUUCUUUUCCAUGUUGAAUUCGAUCUAUGUCCAAAUCUGAACUCAGGCAUGUUUUGUAUUUGAAGAUUUUAAUGCAUCUUAACAUCGAGCUGAUGGUUAAAAAAAAAAAAAAAAAGGCUGAAACAUUAAACUCCCUUUAACAUUUGAUGAAAACGAAUGUGCUCUCGUAUUUCCCCUUUAAGAGCUCGAUCCAAGUGAUGAAUGUUUUGGAGAUGAAUUUGACUUGUUUCGCUGGUUCAGCCAGGAACGACUUUCUCUGUCCAGUGUUGGAGUUCUUUGGUGUUUGUGGAGGUUUUCUGGCUCAAGAAGAAGAUGGAUUGCAGAUGGAAAGCGAGAUAAUGAAGUGAGACACCAGGCUGAAGAGACUAAUGCCAGUGUCAGUGGAUGACUUUGCCUUUUUUUCUGUGUUUUUCUGAGUAUGAGUCCGUCAGUUAUUUGUGGCUCGCAGGAAUGAUGUAAAUUUUUGGUUGAGUUAGUUUUCUUUGACUUAUUUCCCCACUGUGGCUCCUUAACAGAUUGUCACGUCUGCUUCAUCGCAUACCUUUCAUAUUUUUUACAUUUUAGUUCCUCUAAGAAAACACAAUGACAACUCUUCUGGACUACCAGGAUGCUUUUUUCAUAAUUUCUUCUUUUUCGUGAGACUGCAAUAAUACAUGUCUGAUGAUGCAUUAUUAUUUUACAGACGGUUAUAAAAAGCAUCAAUGACUGUUAAGUUGAUUAAUAUACAACACAACAUGGGACUUCUGGGACCUCUGGUUUCAAAGACUUUUCAGAUCUUUGCUAAACUGAUCAUUAAUAACUGUUAAGCAAAAUAGAACAUGUGAUGUUUUUCUGAACUAAAAUAAACAAAAAUGUACAUUUACAUUCAUAUUUUCUAAAUAACAUCUGAUUAGGACAAAGCCAUGGCUGUCACGUGGAAACAAAUCUACAAAAAUCUCACUGUGGGGCUACAAACAUAAGCUACCAGCUGGCAUGCGAGAGAUUUAUUCAUGUUUUGUCCAGUUUCUUCCCAAAUAUGCAAAACAUCUUCCCACAGCACAGGAAGCAGUGAAACACAAUCUGAACUGCAGCAGCUGACAACGACGGGACCUCCACUCCACCUUCAUCGCUUUACCAAAUAGCUCACUCAAGUGUUUCUGUGAUUCCACCUUAGGAAAAUGCUUUAAAACAACCAAAACAAGCUCUGACGCAGCACCGUUUUACUUGUACACUGUCCCCUAGAGGAGGACGGUGUUGUGAUUCCUUCCAAACACUUCACCACCAGAUGUGACGCCUCCUUUGAGCAGAGGAUGCUCGCAAGAUUAAUAAUUAUCUAAAUUUUUCUGACUGUGACUUUAAGGCCCUCAAAAGACUGAUAACUACAAACGCUGCCUGUAUGAUCAGAUAUGUCUGAGGUUGUGACAGCAUUUGAAAAAAAGGAUAGAUUAAAUUUGCUCCUGAUUUGAUCUCAUCUGUGUAUAAAUAAAUGUUAUAGAGACUGCGACCAAUGAAAUAACCACCCUCGAUUCUGACUUGGCGUUGGAAUCUGAGAAAAACGUAUUUGACUUAUGAAAUGUAAACCAUCCUGACAUCAUACUGAUGCAACUUAAAACACAUUGGAAACCCAAGUGCACUUAAAUACUAUAAUAUGUCAUUUAAUUGUGAUUUAAAGCAAUUUUAUUGUAAAGCUUGCAUAGAAAUGUUACUCUAUUACUUUUCUAUGAAGAAACAUUUCUGUAUUUGUCACUUUUUUUAUUUAGGUCAGCUUUUAUACAUUAGAAAAAAAGAUUUGCUCUUCACUAAUUGUUAUAUUUAAGAUUAUGCAACUUCAAAACUACAACGAUCCCUGCCAUCUCACUGUGACAUUGCUUAUUUAAUAAAAAUGGAGUCAAGUCACAGCUAAUCAAAUAUGUUUGACCUCUGUAACAUAAAUGUUUGUUGAUCUGGAGGAUUCAGGUAUUUGUUAGCCUGGUGACAAAAGGGAAAGACAUUAGCAAUCUUCUUAGAAAAGCGACUGUUGAUGUCUUCAGAGGUUAAUAAAACCGUUUAAACAAUUAAAUAAUGUUCGAUGUUGAGAAAGUUGAGAAUAAACUUUUAAGAUAGUUGCUAAUCUUCCCAGGAAUGAGCUUCCCAGCAAGUGCAUAGCUCAGAGGACUUAUGGAAGUCAAACUAGGAUGUGUAAUGGAAAAAUGAUCCAAAAGACACCAACAAGUCUAAAACGGAGUGAGUCAUAUUUUUUUUUAUGUUUUGCAAAAAAACAAAAUCAACUUAACCAAAUAUUUGAUUUAGUUCUCUUUUUUUUCUGAAAAACAUGACAAAUCCCAGACCUCAACCCAAUUAAAAGGCUGUGAUCUUAAAAGAGCUGUGCAUGAAUGAUGAGAGAAACAGACAACAUCUUAACAAAAAUGGAGUCUAUCUCGUCUGUGACUGGGUGAAAGGCGGGAUGGAGAUGAUGCAAGGGCCUGACAAAAACAAGCGACACAAACAACGUGCACUUAAGGUGGUUUUACAUGUCGGUGAAUCGUUCUGUGUUCUUGAUAUUUCCACAUAGUGUCGGUAUUUUGCCUUAGUUUUUGUUAACUAAGUUUUGCCACAGUGUGAUGUGGCAUUUGAAAGACCCGGUCAUUUGAUUUCUGUCUGCUGUUGAUUUGUUAACCUUUAAAACUGUAUUUUCUUUUUGAUGACAUAAAGUCUUUGGAAUGCAUACAAAAUAUAUAAAACGUGAUUAAAAAUCUGAUUUACGUUGUGUUAAUCUGUAUCACUGAAAUGCUGCAUAUGAAUUUCAAAAAUAAUAAAAGUAG